AAGAGCGGAGAGCCGGCCCCGCGAGAGCUUCCCGCCAGCGGCUAACGGUCACACACAUCCCGUUCACUCUUCAACCCGAACCGCGAUGAAAGGAGUUGGAGCCGCCGCCUGCUGCCGUUGUUCGGGCGGCCCGUGGUGUGAGUGUGAGGCAGUCGACACUGCGGAGCAGCAGCAGGCGGCGGCGGCGGCUCGCCUGGAGCAGGAGCGCCGGCUGCAGCUCCUCUUCCAGCAGCUCGAUGUCAACCAGGACGGCGGCCUGUGUGUCAAUGACCUGGCGGCCGGCCUGCAGCGGCUCGGCGUCCACCGCACCGAGUCCGAGCUCAGGAAAGUUGUAAAAGCUGGUGACAAAGAUUGUGAUGGCCAACUGGAUUUUGAAGAAUUUGUGCAUUAUUUAAAAGAUCAUGAGAAGAAACUCCGACUGGUUUUCAAAAGCCUGGACAAAAAAAAUGAUGGUAAAAUUGAUGCACAAGAAAUCAUGCAGUCAUUACGUGACCUUGGAGUACAUAUUUCAGAGCAGCAGGCAGAAAAGAUCCUGAAACGCAUGGAUAAAAAUGGAACAAUGACGAUUGACUGGAAUGAGUGGCGAGAUUAUCACCUUUUACAUCCAGCAGACAACAUUCCUGAAAUAAUCCUGUACUGGAAGCACUCCACAAUCUUUGAUGUAGGUGAGAGUUUAACAAUCCCAGAUGAGUUCACAGAGGAGGAAAAACAAACCGGGAUGUGGUGGAGGCAGUUGGUGGCAGGGGGCGGUGCAGGUGCUGUGUCCAGAACAUGCACUGCUCCCCUUGACCGGCUCAAGGUGCUGAUGCAGGUACAUGCUUCCAAAACAAACAAUAUGUGCAUCGCAGGAGGAUUUAGCCACAUGAUUAAAGAAGGAGGAUUGCGAUCUUUGUGGAGAGGAAAUGGAAUAAAUGCAAUCAAAAUUGCACCAGAGUCUGCUCUCAAGUUCAUGGCAUAUGAGCAGAUAAAAAGACUAAUUGGUAGUGACCAGCAGCCAUUAGGAAUUCAGGAGAGAUUGAUUGCAGGGUCACUAGCUGGACUAAUUGCACAAAGUACAAUCUAUCCGAUGGAGGUGCUAAAAACAAGAUUGGCAUUGCGGAAAACUGGGCAGUACUCAGGAAUGCUCGAUUGUGCAAAACACAUAUUUAAGAAAGAGGGGAUUAGAGCAUUCUACAAAGGAUAUGUUCCCAAUAUGCUGGGCAUCAUCCCCUACGCUGGAAUAGAUCUGGCUAUUUAUGAGACUUUGAAGAAUUCCUGGUUGCAGCGCUAUGCUACUGACAGUGUGGAUCCUGGUGUUUUUGUUCUCUUGGCUUGUGGCACUGUUUCGAGCACCUGUGGACAGCUAGCUAGUUACCCAUUAGCACUUGUCAGGACACGAAUGCAGGCACAAGCUACCACUGAGGGAGCACCUCAGCCCACAAUGCUUGGACUCUUCAGGCACAUUCUGAGCACAGAAGGAGCAAUUGGACUAUACCGUGGUUUAGCACCCAAUUUCAUGAAAGUUAUUCCAGCUGUAAGCAUUAGCUAUGUGGUGUAUGAAAACCUGAAGAUGACACUUGGAGUCACAUCGCGAUGAAACUCAGAAGGGACUUGAAGCUGAUUAAUCUUGGGUGAUCAUCCUGGGGUUUCAACCAUUUCAUUCUGUGAAUGUCAUAAAACACUAGUUAAGUAAGGACACCAUGGGGAAGAGGGUUAAAGGGACCAUUUCCCCAACACGAGUCAGCAGGUUUAUUUUCUGAUCAGCCUUUGAUUUUUGACAGAAGUUGAAAAAUGUAACUUGGAUCCUUAUUGGAGCUGAUUUGUGUAGCACUGUCUCCACUGCAUCAAUUAUUCAAAGACCACUUGAAGCUCUUUAAUUGUUAUAUGACACUAUUACAAAUACCCAUGUGAAAAACACUUCUUGCAAUCAUGUGAUAUUCCUCAUCUGAUUUUAAUAGUAGUGCUGCCCUAAAUUUUAAAGUAAGUGGGUUGAUCCUGGUGUUAAAAAGGCAAAUGGAAUAUCAUAGGAAUGCAUCAAGGUGUUAAACAACUAGCAUCGGCAAUCAUCAUUUGUAUCGAGGGGGAAUGGAAAAUUGAAUCUUUUUUGAUGAACAGGUUGGGUCUGUGGAACAUUAGAAUUUCCGCAAUUGAAUGUAAUGUGACUGUGGAUUUCCCCUCUGAAAUUGUAACUUGAUCUGCACAACUGGGAAGCUCCAAAAAGGAUUCUGGUUUCCUUUUAUUUUAAAUUCUGGAGACAAAAGUAUUCUCAUUCUUUUGUCACAUUUGCACAUUUCUUGAGUUUCGAUAUUAGCUGGGUUAAUUUUAUCAUGGUGUCUGGUUUUAUCAUGUCCUGCAGAUGUAAACUGGAUAUUUAUGUUAUUUAUUGUUUACAAGUUUGCUGAAGGCUUAUAAUCUGAUAAUGGACACAUAAUCAUCUGGUAAAGGAACCAAAUAUUAGGUCCAUGUAAGAUUAUAUUAGACCAUCAUGAGUGAAGUUAAACCCACCCUUUCCAGUUUAUUUUAAAUCUGCUUCACUUUGUGCUGUGUGGGUGGUCAGCUGUCUUAUGGAAAUCUUAAAUAAUUGUCUCGUGUUUAGAAAGGGGUUAAAUUAUUUAUUUUUAUACACCUUGCUGUGCUAACCAGAUAUUUAUUAAUAAAUGCAACUUAAAUGAGGGCAGAUUGUGUUGCUGUCUUUUGCACGUCCUAUAAUUUAGCAGUUCAUUUUGUAUGAGUUUUAAAUCCUCUUGAGCCCUUUCUAAUGUGUGGAGGCAUUAAUUAACUUUAUCAGUCAUUUUGACUUUCUUGUUAAUUCCAAACUCUGAUUUGAAUGAGAAAUGAAAGGAAUAAAAGCAUGUGUAUAGCACAGGCCAGUUUGGUCCUGUGCAAUAUGGCCAUUUUCCAUGUAGCAUAUUACUGCAGAAUUGUCUGGGUCAAGUAGUUAACAGGCAAUAAGUCACAAGGCACUAACUUCAGUCUGAAAGGUGCUCGAGGAGAUGAGAUACGUUAUUUGGAAUAUUCCACUGAUGACAAAUGACGGAAAUUGAUAUUGAGUAUUGAUAAGUAGCAAAUCUGAUCCAGCAGGUGUUACUAGUUUCUAACAGUUACUGCUUUUCAUGUAAGCUACAAAAUCAGAAUAUCUAUUUUUCACCAGAAAGGCGCGAGAGAUCUGCAGUCUGGUGCUGCAAAUAUGUUCUUGCAUUUCUUGAAUUAUAAAUCUUUAAAAGAAA